AUGGAGAUUGUGCUUUCAAACCUCUAUGAACAAUGCUUUCUUUAUUCGCAGCAACAUGAACAACCAUUAGUUCCCAACUUUGAAAUAGGUUCCAAUAUUGGUCUCGAGCAUGGGAGGCUCAGUAGUGAGAAUCAUUACUUGACCUUAUAUCCAACCGUUCUUGAGAAUGGUUCUCUUCAAUCAUCUGAUUGUUUCUUGACUUUGGAUUAUGAUUCACUCUUUGGUAACGUUCAUGAGCCAGUGGAGGAACAAAUGAAACUUGAUGCAAGUCCUACGGAUCAUGAUGAAGGUUCAGAUAUCAGAUCAUAUUCCUUGUUGGAUCAUGGAAGAGGUUUCUUGAACUCUCUCAAUCAAUGUUCAAACAAUUCUUCUCAUGGAUCUUCAACAUGGGUUUGUGUCCAUCCUAGUGAACAACGUUCCUCCUCAUCCUCCUCCUCAACAAUAUUAUCACCUCCAAAAACAACCAAUCUAACAACAACUCCAUCCAAAAUCUGUUUCGUCUCUCAUACACAAAAAUCCUUUCUUGCCGAACAAAUGUUAAAGCAGAACGGACCGAAACGAGGAAGAGGAAGACCUCGAAAGAACAAAUCAAAUACUUCCUCUUCAUUGCACCGAAUUUCAAAACAGAGAAAAUCUAGGAAACACUGA